GUAUGCUUGGCUACUACAGAGAGUCCAAGCUCUCUCCCAAGUCUCAAUCUCUAGAAACUCGGCUGCUUCGGCUUCCACUUUCUCUCCAUCGUCUGCAAAAUAUCUGAGCAUGUUGCGGAACGCGAUGCCUUGGAACAGAAGCAAUCACAAUGUAGUUGGGUUGUUGAUAAGGCAAUUCGCAACGAAACCUAAACCUAAGAUGAAACCCAUCGAGCUGAACACACCACCAGAGCAAACCCAGACGAUCACUCGAGUCAUCUUUGAUGUUUUGAAGGAACAUGGACCUCUCACCAUUGCUGAAACUUGGGAUCGUGUCAAGGAAGUGGGAUUAAGAGGGUUAACGAGCAAGCGUCACAUGAAGAUAAUACUAAGGUGGAUGAGAGAAAGACAGAAGCUGAAGCUAAUAUGUAACCAUGUUGGUCCUCACAAGCAGUUUCUGUACACUACUUGGUUCACUAAACACGACCCUUCUAAACUCAACAAGUUGCCCGAAAGUCUCGCCGGAAAAUCUCCCGGUCACCCUAAACUUCCAUGACUCCAUCACUGUUGUUCUAAGAGACUUUGUUUCUUGAAUCCUCGUUUCUUACUUUUAACGUAAUUAAAAUGUCUUUCUUGACAAGUUCUCUCUCUAUGUUUAUGCUUGUAAACACUUUUAUUGUCACUUAAAAUUUUCGAGUCACAUACUCGUGCUAAUAAUAUGAUAAU